AUGGAACCAAUAGGAACUUUUGCAUAUUGGCCAACAAUAAAAAAGUUCCUUGGGAACGCUUUUUUGCCUCUUCUGCCUGAGGCAAUACAAGGGUUUUUAGCACCUGGAGUGUACCUUUAUCCCUUGGCAAUACAAGGGUUUGAACACUGGGUUUACUUGGCUUGUAAUAUGAUGCCUUGGGAAGCUUUUGAUCCUAUGAGACAGAAAUGGAUGAGAUUACCUAGAAUUCCAUGUGAUGAUUGUUUUACUUGUGCUGACAAGGAGUCUCUUGCAGUGGGGAGUGAAUUACUUGUAUUUGGUCAUGAAUUGUCAGGAUUUGCUAUUUGGAUGUAUAGUUUGGUUACCCACAAUUGGUCUAAAUGUCUCCUAAUGAAUUUGCCUCGUUGUCUGUUUGGUUCUAGCAGCCUUGGGGAGAUAGCCAUUGUUGCUGGGGGAAGUGAUAAGAAUGGCAAUGUUCUACAAUCUGUUGAACUCUACAAUUCUAAAGUAGGUACUUGGCAAACAUUGCCCGACAUGAACUUCCUGCGUAAACUAUGUCCGAGAUUUUUUAUGGAUGGGAAGUUUUAUGUGAUUGGGGGCAUGUCAAGUGAUACAGAUUGUUUGACUUGUGGUGAAGAGUACAAUAUUGAGACAAGGUCAUGGAGGAGGAUAGAAAAUAUGUACCCACCUCCUUUAGUUCUUGUUGUAAAUAAUCGAUUUACUCACGAUCAAGCAACUAAUGAAGUUAAGAAAUAUGAUAAGGUUAAUAACUCAUGGAGUGUUGUGAAGAGACUACCUGUGAGGGCGGACUCUUCCUACGGUUGGGGGUUGGCAUUUAAAGCAUGCGGAAAUAGUUUACUAGUAAUAGGAGCUGGAGGUCAUGGAAGGCAUGAUGAUGGAGUAAUUGUUCUUCAUUCUUGGAAUCCAGAUGAGGGAAACAGGGAUGGACAAGAGUGGAAUGUGCUUGCUGUCAAGGCACGGGCAGGUGCUUUUGUGUAUAAUUGUGCGGUAAUGGACUGUUAUAAUUUUUAUUGUCUCAGUAUCAUUAAUUUUAUUGUUCUUUUUCCCAUUUUAUGAUUCAGAAGAAUAAUUGACCUCGAAUCAAUUUCUUAAAGUUACCAACUGAUUGUGUUGAUCCCUCUAUUGCAAGCAUUAACCUCAUACCAAGUAAUGACUGGUUCCAUUUAUCUUGUACUUUGGCAUUGAA